GCCUCCGCAGCCAAGCCAAUUUCAUAGCCUGUGUGCGGCCGGUCAGGCUCGGAGCAUCUGUUUUAGAUUGCUUUUGUUGAGACAGACCGCCCGCGACCGCGUUGGGACGCGCGAAACCGGGCCCGGAGCGCCCACAGCCCUGCCGACCGGCAGCGUCUCUUUUGGACGCUGCCGGCGGGGCGCCGCGGAGCCGUAUUGGUCCGGCGCCGCCGCCGCUGCAGGGCCGCGCGCGAGCCCGCUCACUCAAGACAAGGACCGCGCAGAGCGUCGCGAUAAAACGGGACCAUGGCCUCGUACCUCUACAAUUCCUUAAAGAGAAUUGUCGUCGGAGAAGAGGACGACGACCCGUCCUGUCUGAAGGACCCCGUGACCAUGGCGCUGUACGAAGAUCCUUUGAAGGGUCUAGGUCUCAAACAAACCGCACAACCGUGGGACACGAGAGACGCGCUGCGGACGAACUGCUUGAAUUUAGUAGCGCAAUCGUCUCUGAACCGACGAGAUAAACCUCUACUACCGCAUAAAUACGCGCUCAUCGCCUACCACCUCGCGGCGAAAACCAUCAAGGUGACGAAGGCGCAGGACCUCAAAAGGCUCCUGGACGAGGAACCGCACUUGUUCUCUGGUGCGGUCCCGCGUCGCGCGCAGGUGCCUUCACGCCAUCGAGCCGCGUCGUCUCCAGGAGAGAAGGCGUCGGGCGGUCUUUUUCGCGACUUUGAGCCGUUUCGGACCGCGUCGCGACGCCGUCGUUCCGCGCAGGCCGGCCCACGGACAUGCUGCAGAUUCUGAGGCCGGUCCACUGCGCCGGCGUGCCCACGAAUAGUCGUGUCCGAGCGGGCGCGAUGUUGCACGUCAUCUACGAUGAUUACGUCCUGUGCCAGGACCCGGGCGACGCGCUGCCGCACCAGCAGUACGUCUGCAAGGUGUCCUAUUGUGGAAGACAACAUUUCGUGAGGAGACGGUUCUCGGAGUUUAAAUUACUACACGAUAAAUUACAAAAAGAAUUACUUGUGGUGCCGGGCUUUCCGAGUGCUGAUGUGUCCUACAAAGUUGGCCUUGGCGAUUAUUCAGCGAGAGGCAAGGCUCUCUGUAGAUACGCUUGUAGAGUGCACGCCUCAUUGGGCGCGCGGGGCAUGUUCUCGCCGCGCUUGCUCGCGUUCCUGGAGAUCGACGCGGCUCGUGUUCAUAUCGAGGAGGACGGUGCGGUCUCGGCGUCCCGCGGUGCCUUCACGCCAUCGACGCGCGUCGUCUCCAGGAAUGCUGGAAGUGGGUGGUCUCUGGUCCAAAUUUGAGCCGUUUCAGACCGCGUCGAGGGACCACGAUGCUCACGCAGUCGUUCCGCACAGGUCGCGUCUCGAAGAUGCUCGACUCCACGUCCCAGGUCUCGGGGAGCGUCUGGCACAUGGUCGACGAGUUCUGGCUGAAAAAGUGGCGCAAGUUCGUGCUAGGGCGGGCGGCGCGACGUUAUGAGCCGCCGGGGCCGAUUUCCAACGAACACCUCCUCGAGAGUGUGGCGCGCACGCGCUAUCUACUGACCGAAUCGCUCACGGUGGAGGAAAGGAAGAAGCGCCAGAAGGAGCUCGACGAGCGCGCGACGACCGUCCCACCACCAAUACGUAGAGAAGCUCGGUUAGAAUUCGACCAGCGGAGUGCCGCGGUGGACAAGUACCAGACGCCAUUGGACGAGGAUAGCAAGGAGGAACCCGUACAACCGGAGCCCGCGACGAUAGGAAAACAUUAUCGGGCGAUCAACUACGACCUGUGGACGUACUGGCGGAUGGUGCACGGCGGCGGUGCCGAGUCAGCGUCUUCACGCCAUCUUCAUGAAUCGUCUCCACGAGAGAAUGGUUUCUUUUUCGAAUUUGGGGCCGUUCGGACCGCGUCGCGACGUGGUCGCCGCGGCGCCGUCCCGAGGAUCACACGAGCGUCGUCCCCGCGCAGGCCCCUGCAUCUCGCGCAAGACGAAGGAAAUCACCUCUCCGCCGGCCUGCGGCCCCGGCCAGGAGGCCGUGUCUCGCUUGCAACGCUUCGGGAGGAUGUGCAUCUCCAAACAGCGACGCAUCGCGAAGUUCUGGAAUCAUUUAUCAGGUACCGCUGCUGGAGUGAGGGAGGUCUUAGCUGAUGCUGCUGAGAGGCGUAUAAGAGAUAGAGUGGAUAGGACCCUGGGCGCGGCGCGGAACAAGCGCACGGAAGGGAGAUUGAGGUUAGCGGCUCGCUACACGCAGCGCAUGUGGCGGUCGAAGCGCGCGUACGCGUUCAACGACGAGAACGUAAAAGUGAUGAAGCACGCGCAGGAGAUCUUCGCGCGGGCCGACGGGGAGGUCGAGCACGCGUCGGCGGGCGCGCCCUUCGUCGUCGAGGAGGGGGAGAGGAUCGUGCAGGUCGGCGCGACGGAGCAGUACGAGAUCAAGUUUACCGAGUCGGAUGGUCCUUCCUUGCCCGUCGUGUUCAAGCGCCAUUCCUGUUCGGAGCUGACGUAUGUCCACUCCGUCGGGAAGGACAUGGCGAUGAAGAAGGGGCGGGAUCAAUUGGUGCGGACGCGGCGUCCGUUGGUCUUCUCGCGCGUCGCGUCGAUGGCGUCGGGGGGAGAGCAGGCCGAUUCGGGCCGCCGGUCGCCGCGAUGGCGUCGACGCCGUCUUCAUGAUCACGCGAGGGGUCCACGCGUCGCGCGAGAGCGGGUCGCGGCGAUGGCGUCUCGCGAGCGUCGUGUCGCGCCUCGCAGGUGCCCGACUCCGUGUUAUUGGUGGUCCAGUCCUACCCCGUGUCGUCGUUGGCGCACGACCAGGUCAUGCACCGGUUACGUUCGGCAAAAUGGCCCGUCACGCUUAGAUUUUCGAGACCACUCACCGAUAGCGACGUGACACCCCUCGCGCGAUGCUUGCAGCUGGAACAGCAGGGCGAACUGCCCGACGACCUGAAGCUGCAGAUGCUCAAGCGGCUCCUCAGCAAGGGCGUCGCGGUCAGGAAACACGGCUCCAGGAAGCAGGCGUACGACACGGUCGUGUACCUCAACGAGACGAUGCUCUUCUGGCGGGUGCGAUCUCGGCGUUUUGAAGUGUUGCGGUGCCUUCACGCCAUCGACGCGACUCGUGUCCAUCUCACGAGGCCGUUCGGACCGCUUUGACGGAAAUGCUCCGCGCAGGUCCGCGACGCCCUUAAGCAGCAGGCCAAUUCCAAGGUGCGCAAGAAGAAGAAGACCGAGGACGUCCAGGAGGAGGUGCGCGGUUUGAGUCUCAAACUGUGUGGAAAUCAACCAGUGCGUCGGGUGCACCCGACAAUUCUUCACUAAGUCAUUUCUCGGCGAUGACGUGGCCGUCCUGGCAAGGUCGAGCGGUGAGGGACCGGCAUCGCCACGCCAUCGAGCAGGCGUCGCGUCGAUGGCGUGGAGGUCGACGCGACGAUUCAGCACGAACGCGCCGUAAAAUUUUGAUUUCCACACAGGUCUCAAAUAUGAUCUCACUAAGGGUGUCGGUUUGUACGAUCUGCGGUACGUGCGCGUGGGCAAGAUCUCGUCGUCGUUCAAGCGCUAUGCGUCGAAGAAGGCGCCUCAGGACCGGUGUUUGUCGCUAUUUUGUGCGGGUUCCAAGACGAUAGAUCUGGAGGUGCUCGGUGACGCGAAGGAACGAGAUGCCUUCGCGUGGGCCUUCGACAAGAUCAUUGGCGAAGCGCGGGCGACGCGCAUCUUCGUGGACAAGGCCGGCGCGCCGGUCGCGCGGUCCGAGCCGAAGAAGCGGCUACGGAUGAUCCUGGGGGCGCACUAAUCGUUUUACUG